AAGAAAGAAUUCAAGGGAAAUAAAAUCAGUAUCUGAGAUUACUAAGUAUGAAUCAUAACAGUGAUUAACAAAGAUAAGUGGAAUCAUCUUUAUAUCAGUCAGUGGUAUGUUUCAGUGGGGUAACAUAACCAGGUAAAAACUUCUAGCUAUUCAGGACUAUCACCCCAACAACCAAACUAAAAGGGAAAAACUAGUCUUGAGUUUUGAGUUCACUCACUCUUAAAGUUAAAAGAUUUUUAUAAAAAGACCAUCACUUAUUUCCAGUUCCAACCAACAUCAUGUCAAAGCUCACAGCACAUCAAGACUGCACAUCCCUAGUGCUACCAUGGGACCUAGCAACAAAAGAAAAAUAAAAACCAAGGAGAGGUGUAUGUAUCUAUGUGUGUGUGUGUGUGGGGAGGGACCUUAGAUACACGGGAAACAGUAACAGUUCUUAUACAUUAGCACUACAGGGUUGCUAAGAGGUACUAAUUCAUGUUCAAAAGCCUAGCCUUUUGCAGCUCACCCCUAAAAUAGCAGUUCUAGUCCAUCAGAGAAAGAAUGACCAAUGGACAGGCCUCCCUCCCAAUCUCUACUGACAAAUGCUGUUCUUCCAUUCAGAAAACAUUACAGAUUGCACUCUCAUUUCUGGAUUCAAUGUAGUUCAAGAACAUUUUGCUGAAAGGCUAACAUAAAAGCAUAGAAACUGAAGUUAAUUCACCAGGAGUUAAGUCUUACAGACUGUACUUUAUACAGACCUGUUCUGCACUCAACACUGGAUAUAACUAAGACUUCUCUUUUGAAAUCAGAACACAAGUUGUAAAGCAAUUUCAUUUAAAGAACACCUUAAAAUCACAGAUACUAUCUUUGCUCUCUGAUAAAUUUAUCCCUGUAAAACUUAAAAGAACAUCUAAUACAUAAGAUGAAAAUAUAUUUUUCCUGUGAACAUGCAACUUUAAAACAAUAUAAAAUAUUUGAAGUGGAAAACCCCAUAGCUAUCAGAUAAAAAAAUUCUAGCGUACCAUUCUUCAGAGGUGAGUUGGAGAUGACAGCCUGCAAAGUCCUGAUCAGCAAGACUAAGUCACUGUUGAGUUAUAGUCCCCCGGCAGGGCUAAAACAGGCACUACUGACUCCACUCUGACCAAGAUAACAAUUUUAAAGCUUACGUUCUGAAAACAACAUUUAGCCAUGAUGCGCAAAGCACCAUGCCCUUGCUCUAAAAAUAAGCCUGUGGACUGCAAAGAAUGAACCGCUACCUAGAUUCCAGCACCCAAAGUGACCCUUAGAAUGUUUCCUAUGAGUGAAGAAAAAAAAAAAAAAAAAAAAAGAAGCAGCUAUUUCUGACAUUCUUGAUUACACCACAUCAACAGAGUACAAACAAUUAUGGAAACAAUCAGAAAAGCUCUGCUCACAUUACUUUAUAUGUCAAUCUGGUUUCAGAUUUUAGUAGGAAAUUCUUAAAAAGCUGGUCAGUCACAAACCCAGUUAGUUCAUCUACUACAGCACAUUAGGCAGUACAGCAAAAUGCCUUUGGAAAGACAUUAUAUAUUCUCACAAAUUCUCAGCAAUUAUAUAUUCUCAAUUUUCCUACUUCUAUUUAUCCUUUAGGAGACUGUCUUUUAUAACCCAUUGAAAGCGUUCAUGAAUGCACAUUUUCACUCUGAUAUAGUUGGGAGGCUGUACAUCUCAUUUACUACACAGUUAUAUUCUUCCCUCCUGCUCUAAAUGGUUAAUGACAAGGUGUUAUAGAGACUAUUAUUACUGCCUCUUAAAAUGCACUCAAGAACUUCAGUGAGAGUUGAGACCACUGAGUGACACAUACUUACUAGUUCAUACCUCUUCAAUAUUUUAAGCAUAACAUGCCUUUGCAAGUCAAAAAUCAUCUUCAAAAAUAGCCUGUUUUGUAUGACAGCAUUGUUUCCCUUCCCCCAAUGACACAGGAAUGUCAGUUAUUUUAAGAACAGAAGAACUGAUGAGAAUCACAGGUCAAAUGGCUGACGAAGGUGAAUUUUUAAUCUACAAAAAUCUCAUGUAAAACUAAAUUUGAUGGGGGUACUCUUAAAAUUUCUUUAUAAAAAUGCUUAACAUGUUAAAAGUAACAUGUAACUUUUAAGAAUAUAUUUCCUAAUAUUUAAACCAUGAAUUUAAAAAUUAGUAAAUGCACUCUUUUCGUCUCUGGCCACCACAGGGAAAGGAGCACUGCCAUGUCUACCCAUCUACAAUGGAUGGUGGUUCAGAACUGCUCCAGUUUCCUGAUUAAGAGGAAUAAGCAGACGUACAGCACCAAGCCCAAUAGUCUGAAGGUCGGUUACAACAGGCUGAUUCACAACAAUACUGUGGGAGUGCAGCCCGCAGCAGAAGGCAAAGGGGUCGUGGUGGUCAUGAAACGCAGAUGGGUCAGAGAAAACCAGCCACUUCAUAGUUAAGGACCACCAUCAACAAGAAUGCACGGGCCACCAUCAACAGUCUCAGGCACAUGAUCCGAAAGAGCAAGUAUGGACCUGAUCUGUACAUGGUGGCCAUCUGCAGGACCAGUGCCAUCCUGUGAAGCCAGAAGCCUGUGGUGGUGAAGAGGAAACAGACCAUCCCACCAAGAAUUCCGGAGCCCCACACCCCAGAAACAAUAGAGUCCACUGACUUUUUCAACCACACACACACAAAAAACAAAAAUUAGUAAAUGCAUUACAAAACAGGAGAAAAGAUUUUUUUCUUGGUGUUUUAUUUAGCAUUAACAAUAACUUCACCCAGAACUUUAGCCCAUCCCAUGCUUAAUUCAAAUGACUGUAUUAGGACCAGCUAAUUAUAUUAAUGUACAUCAAAUGUUAUUAGCAUUGAACACUAGUCAAAAGUUAAAAAUGUAAAGCACAUAUCUGACCUAUCUUAAAGAAGUUAAAAUAUAGUUGGAAAGGCAACUAACUAUAAAGAAAUGCAUUGAUUAGUUCAACUUACGAAAUGAGCUACAUACUUCCCAUUCCAGAGGUAUGACGCUCAAGUUAAAACAAUGCACAAAAAUGACAUAAUGAAGCUGGGAAUGGUGGUGAAUGCCUUUAAUCCCAACAACAGGAGGCAGAGACAGAUGGAUCUCUGUGAGUUUCAGGACAGCCAAGGAUACAUAGUGAGACCCUGUCUCCAAAAAAAGAAGAAAGAAAACGACUCAUCAGGUGGCAUACAAUCAUCAAACACUGAGAGUUCAGAAUUGUUCACUUAUUUCUACAAGAUCGGAGAGGAGACUAAAUAAUCCAAUGCAUUAUCACUUGGAAAUUCUAAACUAUCUUUACAACCAAGAGUCUGAUGUUCAUCUUAAUUCAAGGAGUUAAUUCUGUCCAAAUCUGAUAAUGUAAUGUUGAGUAAGUUACUCUCUGGGCCUCAACUUUUUCAAGCAGAUGAGAUGGAUUCAAGAGUUUAUCUCCCAACACAGAAACUUGGAGCUUCACAGCCGUGGGAUGGUCAGCUACACACCUAUACAAAACAACAGAAGUUGUUUAUCUCUUCAUACCAAACUACAAGCAUGGCUGGAAUAAACUUAGGUAAAGGGAUCACGAGGACACUGUGAUAUCAAAGAGAUCAUGUUUGACCGUGGUAGAUUUCUCUUUGCUGUGGUUCUAAGACACCAUUCAACUAUCACAAAAAGUGAAGCAGCUGUAAAGCAUAAUUCUCAUGUUAGUUUAAAAAGUUAGAGCAAAGUGAAAUUGCAAAUAUUUUAUAAUCGUUGUAACGAUUUUUUUAUUUAGGGUGCAAGGGAGGAUCACCUGAGAUCACUUUGGAAGCCUUUGUGAAAGAUCUUUGGGGUGAAACUUGAAAAGCAGGAAGAUGUGCAGACUGGCCUUCUGGUAAACACAUGAGGGUUUCACAGCAUCAGGAAGAGAAGGCAGGACAGUCAAAGGUGGUUAGGGAUGUAAGAGCAUAACCUUGCUUUAAGCUGAGACAGUGCUGCAGCAAUGACUUGUAUGGUGUGGAUUGUUUGUUCUGCAGUUCUGGGGAUUGAGCCUAGGGCCUCACACGUUAGCUAAGCACUCUACCGCGGAGCCACACCCCCAGCCCAAGCAAUCUGGUGUGUUGGCAGUUUGCUAAGAUGGGAGCCUCAUGCUCAAGGAAGAUGUCAGACUAUGACCCGGGGCAAACAAAAAACAUCCUCCGAGAGACUUUCUACACAUACCAAGGGCAAAGGGGAUUUUCAGAAUCUUUAGAAAUGUAGAAUUUAUAGAAACUACAGUAUCUUAAGUUUUGAAAAAGCUAAGGCUGGGUGUGGCGUUUCAUAACUGGGAAUAUAAUCCUAGCACUUGAAGCAGGAAAGACCGUCUCAAGUUUUAGGCCAGGAUGGGCUACAAUUAAACUUUAUCUAAAAUAACAACAACAAAGCAGCCUAUGAAACAUAAAAAGAAGGACCGAUCCAUACUUUAUACAUGAGACUGCCUAAGUUAAAAUAGUAGAACCUCACACUCCUAAACUGGUAAUACAUGUAAAAGAUAAAAAUUCUUUAACAGAACACCUAAACUAAGCAUACUUAGGAAAUACCAUCUAACGAAAAACUCUCUUAAAACCGGGAAAUAUAUCCUUUAGAAAACUCCCAUCUCAGAACCUCGUAGGGUGCUAACACCUAGGUAUUUGGCCUGCUUUGAACUCCAGCUCAAAUCUGUCUCAUUUAAAUCAGUGCCAUUUUUUUCCAUGAUGAGAUUUUUGUGUGUGGAGGGGGCUUGCAAAUUCAGUUUUUGAAAGGGUUAUUUUCAAGUUGGUGUUUCAGUCCCAAGAAAGUUUUCAUUUCUUAGGCACACUUCCGGUUGAGAGUCCGAUCUCCCAGACAGCCACACCCAAGAGUUCUGAACACCUUUUAAAAAGUCAAUUAGUUGCCAGGAUGACUUGUCAACUACGCCUCACCUUUGAAGAUAAAAUGCUUUUCUAUUUAAUCCUCAUCAAGGGCCAUCCACAAAAAGAAAAUACCAGCUAUUUUAGUAAAGAUUUGCUUUCUUCACCUUUUGAUACAACUUUUGCAUUUUAAGAAGUUAAAAAUCUUAAGAUCGAUCUCUCUAAAGAUCCAAUAACAUAUUGUAUGCACCUACUGAACGACUCUAACUAAAAACACUCCUGUGUAAAGUCGACUUAGUCCCCUCGAGAAGCAAAUGAAAAACCCCAAUCUCCUCCCUGUUCAUGGAUCACUUAAAGAAAAAGUUCUGAUUAGAGGAGCGCACCCUGAGCCGCCAAUUUGAAUGGGUUCUUCCUACUGCACGCAGCCGCACAGCGGCAACGACAGCUGCAGAGAGGGGCUGUGCUACAGUUUUAUCUGCAAACUCUCUCCAAUUUGGCAAGUUUACGUUAGCAACCAAACAUAGUUCCCGAGUCAGCUCCUGCAGGGCUCUGGUUUCGCGGGCCGGCAGUCGCCCAGGCGUGCGGCGCCAGCGAACUAAGCAACAUUUAUUUUCCAAGCUCCAAGUUUGGCAAACAGAACAAAGUCUGCGUCCCGGCCGCCCCAGCCCGCCCCAAGUCCCGCGGCUUUCGAACCCACAGCCGCCAGCCUGGGCUCAGCCCGCGAUCGCGCAGACACACCUGCCCAGGUGCGUUCCCCGCCCCGCGGCUCCGGGCGGCCCCGCGCUCACCGCCGCCCCGCGGGGGGGGGACACCCUCUCAGGUCGGGCCCCACACGUCCCCGCGGCCAG